AUGGGUUGUUCGGCCUCUGUAAGCGGAAGUUCUAAACUGUGGCCAUCCAGGAAGAAAUGCCCUCCCGCUGUUAUUGAGGUUAGCCCCGCCCAACCCAAUCACCUACCUACUCCUAGGAACUGGACAUCGCUGACACAGAAUAUACAGCACGCCUACAGAAAAAGGAAGCAGCUUGAGGGCAAGAAAUUAUUCUUGGACUCUGAAUUUCCGCCAAGGGACGCCUCCAUUGGCUCCAAACAGUUCAGACACGGCCACGGUAAAAUUGUCUGGGCGAGACCACACGAUCUUUCUCUUCAUCCAGUUCUAAUUGCAGACGGGACGGAGAAAAACGAGUUGAAACAAGGGGAACUCAACAACUGCUGGUUCAUCACAACUCUUGCCCUGAUCGCUGAGAAGCCGCAGCUGAUGUCCAAGAUUAUUCCAGAAGAAGCUAGUUUCGGCAGUCUCGAUUACAAUGGUGCUUUUCGCUGCCGUUUCUGGCAGUUCGGCAAGUGGGUGGAGGUUCGGAUCGACGAUAUGCUGCCUACCGUUGAUGGGAAACUUCUGUUCUCCAGGUCGUCGAACCCCAACGAGUUCUGGGUGUCGCUUGUUGAGAAAGCCUAUGCAAAGUUGUACAAAUCAUAUGAAGCACUAGAAUAUGGCUUUGAAGCGGACGCGUACACAGAUCUGACUGGGGGAGUGGCUGAAUGGUACAUCCCAUCUUACCUUAAGGAGAAUGAUUUCUACUUUAUCCGGACAGCUUAUCAGUGUGGAGCUAUUAUAGGAUGCUUUAGUGGGAAUCGAAGGAGGGCAAAUAAACACGGCCGGAAUGGAAUCAAUGGACCAACCUCUAGUCAUUCUUAUGUAGUGACUGCUGUAGAAGAGAUUCCUUACAUCGAUAGAGCUGCCAAGCUUAUCCGUGUUCGCAACCCGUGGGGGAACACACAGUGGGACGGGGAGUGGUGCGAUGGGGGAGACGAAUGGAAACGAGUGCCGGAAGUUGUCAAGAAAGAAUUAGACGUGACUGCUCAGGAUGAGGGAGAGUUCUGGAUGUCGUACAGUGACUUCAGGAAGGAGUACUCCUGCAUGAUCAUCUGUAACGUGUCCCCAGACUUCGACCAUGACGGCAUCAGCGACAAGGCUGAAUAUCAGGUUCAGCUGAGAGGUCGAUGGGAAAAAGGAUUCAAUUCAGGAGGAUGCAUCGAGUGUAACACGUUCCAUUUUAAUCCACAGUAUCAUAUCGUUAUUCAUACAGAUGCCAAUGUACAAAGACGCUACAGCGGACGCCUUCCCCUUGUCAUAUGUCUCCUGCAAGUUUAUAGAAGGGGAAUCCCAAAACCGAAGGAGGAAGAUGAUCUUUAUGUAAUAGGAUUCGAACUCUUUCAGCUGCCAGGUAUUCCUAUCAGCCCACUAAGUCCAGAUUUCUUCCAAUCUGUAGACCCACUGAUGCCUGAAAAUGAGGAAACGUAUGCGAAAUAUCGAGAAACUUCUGGCCGAUUCUUCCUUCGACCUGGAGAUUACCUGCUCGUGCCUUCCACACAUGAACCAGACAAAACUCGCGACUAUCUCCUGCGACUGUUCUCUGUUGGCAAGAUUGACUGCAU